AUGGGGUGCCACGCGCGUCGUCUUGAUUUGACUUGUCGGCCAUUUCAGGAUCAUGUGGUAGAGAUCGAAAGUUCGUGGCCGGACGGGGACGUCUAUUUAGGUGCCGUACCGGUACCGGAAACAUUUCGGGGACGGGUACUUCACGGGGACAGCACUGGUACGGCUUGGGGACGCUACGACGUGGAAAUCAAACUCCCCGAGGACGAUGAGACUCCGGAGAAUGUGAGACCGGGGUACUGCGGAGCUUACGCGUCUCAUUUCGAGGUCGGCGGCUUAUCGUUUCCUCUUCCUCGUUUCCUUCUCGAGGUGCUGGAGGAGAUCAAGAUGGCGUUUACCCAGAUGGCGCCUAACUUCUUCCGGUAUUUCUUGGGUUGCUGGGUCCGAGCUCAGGAGGAAGGUCUCGAAUUUGGUCUCGGGGAGUUGAGGUGGCGUGGUAUCAUCGAAGGCAUUCCUAAUAAGGAUGAUCGAUGGAGGGAGAAGUUCUUCAUUUUUAAGAUAAACCUGGCGUCGGUCGGAGACUUUGAUUUCGAGAGGAUCCCUCGGGAAUGGUCCGACGAUAUUGAGCCUUUUGGAUCUGCGCCUAUGUCUCCCGAGCUUCGUGGGUUAAUGGAGACUUUGCGUCGAGGUAACACUCGAUGGCUCUCCUAUACUCCUGACCGAAUUCGAGCCGCCUGCGCUCUCCCACCGGGUGCGAAUCGUGCUACUCAUGUCGCCUUGGUGGCCCCUGUUUGGCCCAAGAGAGGUCGAGGCACCAAAAGGAAGAAGGAGAAAGAGGGGUUACUCGAUCGUCCUGACGAAUCUUAUGAGGCCGGGUCAUUAGAGCGAGCUCAGAAAAUCCAGCGGGGGCGGGUCCUUAGACCGAGGUCGCAGGCUCAGUCUCCUGGUCUUCUUGCUAGGCCAGUGUCGGUCGCUAUUCCAUCUGGUGGAGCUCGUGAGGCACCAGAUACUUCGGCGAGCUCUGCUGGUGAUCGAGCUCUUAACGACGAGAUCGAUUCGUCGUCUCAUCGAUCUCGACGUCGGGUCUUGGAGGAGAUUAACUCUGUGACUUCGGAUUGUCGAGCCCGAGACUUUCUCCGCUGUUACGUGCUUCUGGUGGAGGCACUUCGCGGCGAGGUCCCUAUCCUUGAGAACCCCGACUCCCUUGCAGCGAUUUGGUGUAAGGUCAGAGCAGAAGGAUGCGAGAUCCCUUCUUUGGAGCACAUGCGAGAGCGCGACGUUUAUGUUCGGAUGGCGGUCGCAAAUGCCAAGGCUAUGGAGGCGAGCAACGAUUAUGCCGCUUUAAUGGAGGGACGAUUGGCAAAUUUUCCUAGUAAGGAAGAGAUCGCGGGUGACCUUCUCACGAUUCAACAGCUUCGGGGUGAGUUGGAUGCUGCUCGGGAAGCGGAGAGACAGCGCGAAGUGGAGAUUGAGGAAUUGAAGAAGAAGUUGGCGGCUGCUGAGGCAGAAAAGGUCGUUGUUCAGAGCGACCUUGACUCCAUGAAGGAGAAGUAUAGGCGAGAGAUCGAAGGAGUACGAGGGGUUUUGGCUGUGGUCAAGGGUAAGUUGGAGAAGAAGAAGAAAGAAACGGCCGCGGAGAUUCUUUUGCAAGAGACGCGAGCUUGUAUCGAGGCUUUGACCGAGUAUAGUGAGGGCGGCUUCGAGCUCGAGGCGGAGUUGGAGCGUCUUAAAGACCUGGAGGUUUCGCUCGACGUCGAUUACGACCUUGCUUCAGUGUCAGACCCUUCUCUUGGUCGUCUCGAUCUCCCCGAGAUCUCCGGAGACUCGGUCAACCAGGAUUGA